AUGAAACUAAAUUGUGCAUUGAUAUACCUCACUUGCUUAAUAUCCUUUAUCUCGACUAUUUAUGCUAUCCCCAUACAACAAACAUCGUUCCAACCAAACAUACAACAACACAUAUCAAUAAAUGACCAAGCCUAUCCUACCAUUGAUCAAUUAGAGGAACAUUAUACUCAAAUUGUAGGCAAGGUGAUCGAUAAGACUCUAAAUGACCUGCUAGAAAAUGUACCAGAGACAUUUUUGACAAUCCAUGAAUUACAAUCGCUUGGCAAAGAGUACUGUCAAACAUCACUAUUUGAAUUUAUUCAAAUUAUUGAAAGCAAAUUAAUCAAGAUGAAAGCUGAUUUAGUUGCUGCUGUUCACCCUUUACUAGAAACAAAACAAAAUAUCAAUGCUGCCUUAAUAGAACGGAUCAAUACAGAUGAUUUAGCAUAUGAUAUUAUUCGUCAGCUAUAUGCCACUGAUUUAAGUGCCUUGGACAGAAUUAUCUACACUCUAAGUAGUAGAUCAUUCAGAUUAAAGCAACAUCACGAAACGAAUGAAGCAUUGGCUCUGAGGGCUUGGUUAAGCUCAUGGCUGAUGGAUAUCGAAUUGGCUUUGAAUCAAGCAAUUGUAACUCCGUAG